AUGGAGAAGGGGAAGGGCGGGGACAAGGACAAGGACCAUCGGGAGUGGGAGAAUGGCGAGCUGCCCCCGGUGCGGGACACGGUGGGCUGGGUCGACCCGAGGCUGAACGGAGGCCGGCUGAUCGAUUUCGUCACGAAGAAGCUCGGCGAGCCACUGAACAUCAUUAUCUCCUCCCUGUCCGACCCGUACAUUUUGACCGAAUCUGGCCUGCACAACUACGUCAAAUCGAUUGGCUUCUCGGAGGAGUGCCUGGGCCUCCAUUACGGGUACAUCCACGAGGCGGAUCUUGGGGACGGCCUUGGUCGCAAGCCAGAGCAAUUCCUCGGCCGUCAGCACUACUUCCCGAUCAUGGGCACCUGCUGGGAGAGCGUUCGAGGCGGGCACCACUUCCGUGCGUGGAAACAGAACGGCACCGAUGCCAAUAGCGGAGCGUGGUUUCUCGGGUACGCACACAGCCCCUUCGACUCGUCGAAGAACCAUAUGAUCGUCGAGGACGGGUACAAUCGGGGUCGUGACUAUAUCGUCAGCCAGAUCACCCAAAUCACCCACUGGAAAGGCAUGUGGUGGAAGGGUGAAGUGGAGUGGCGUGAAGGUCUCCUCCAGCGCGGCAACCGAGGCGUGAACCACAAGAUCGAGCAAGACGGCCGCGUCGCCAUUUUGACCAUCCUGCGGAUAUAA